AUGUUUUUUUUCUGUUGUGUUCUAACUGUUAUUGUUUGUCUCUUUUCUUCAGCUUUGAUUGAAAUGAAUGAGGUUCCUCAGCAGAUCUCUUUAACUGCGGCUAAACUCGGAGAAAAUGUGACUCUGACAUGUGCACUCUCUGCACGUGAUCAAGGGUUGUUUUACUGGUAUAAGCUGAAUUUUGGAUAUAUGGUUCAAACAGUUGCUGAAGGAAGUUUUGACAAAAUAUUAUUUCAAAAGAACAACUCAAGAUUCAGUGCCACAAAAGUGGGUAAUGUGCAUUCUCUUAUCAUAAGAAAUGUAAGCAAAAAAGAUGAAGCAACAUACUUCUGUCAAGCAGGAUCAUCAUUCAGUAUGACAUUUAAAAAUGGCACAAUUUUGGCAGUGAAUGAUCCUAAAACGCAAAAUACAUUUGUCACCAUGAAACAAACUCGAGAAGUGGAGCCAGUCCAUCUGAGUAAUGCAGUGACUCUGCAGUGUUCGCUCCUCUCCAAGAACAAAACUGAGACAGAUCAGUGUCCAUAUGGUGAAACAUCUGAUAGUGGGACCUACUACUGUACUGUGGUCACAUGUGGACAGAUCCUGUUUGGUGAAGGAGCUAAAUUGGAGACCAAGGAGUUCCUGCUCGUUACUGUGCUUGGCGUACUGCUGGCCUGCUCUGUGUUUGUGAAUUUAGCACUGAUUCUCACCAGAAAGAAAAAAGAAAGAAAAAAGAAAAAACAACCUCGUGAGCACUGCAAAGGAAAAGUAGAAGUCUUUACUGAUGUUGAACAGGAAAAAUCAUCUGGGGAUCAAAUGAGCAAUGAGGAGGGUGAAGAAGUAGGACUAAACUAUGUGGCUCUGGAUUUCCCCUCAAGAAAAUCUUCAAGAUGGAAGAGUAAGAAGGAGUCACCAGAGUGCACCAUAUACUCUGGCAUUAGAGAGGGCCAGUAA